ACCCGGAAGUGGCGAGCGAGCGGCGGGACCGGCGGCGAUGAGCGGCGGGGCUGAGGCCGGGGCCGAGCGGGUCCGCAUCGUGGUGGAGUACUGUGAGCCCUGUGGCUUCGAGGCCACCUACCAGGAGCUGGCAAGUGCUGUGAAGGAGGAGUACCCCGACAUCGAGAUUGAGCCCAGGCUGGGGGGCACAGGUGCCUUUGAGAUCGAGAUCAACGGGCAGUUGGUCUUCUCCAAGCUGGAGAACGGAGGCUUCCCCUAUGAGAAGGAUCUGAUCGAGGCGAUUCGCAGAGCCAGGAAUGGGGAACCCCUGGAGAAAAUCACCAACAGUCGCCCCCCCUGUGUCAUUCUGUAGCCCUGGGCCCAGUUGGGAACUCCUGUCCCCCCCAGCCUUCCCCCUGCUUCACUCCUCACUGCCUCUGGGACCUCCCAGCACCCCCCGGGACUGACUGGGGACACUGGGGGGAGUGUAAGGAACCCCCAGGGAAUGCCACCACGGCACUGGGAGGGGCAGAGCUGUGGUACUGGUGUCACUGGGUCGGCUCUGCCACCACUCUGCUGUGCCUGACCUACUGGGGGGCAGGGGGUGCUCCCCUGCCUUUGCCUUCCCCUCUUCCCCGCAGUGCAGGGGCUGGGGGCUUCCCCUUUGCUGGGGGUUUGGGACACCCCCUCACCCCUAUCCCCCCCCCAGGAAGGCUCUGCCCAGCCCCAGGGGGUGGGGGGCCGGGCUGGGGGCAGGGGCAACGUGUCAGCUCCAGGUUUCCCAGCAGAGGGAAGGUGGUGGCUGUGCCCCUGACCCGUUAACCAUUAACAUCUCUCCUGUCACUGUUUAAUCGGGCUGUGGGGACCCUGAUGGGCUCUGUCCCCAUGCCCAGGGGGUGUCUAACAGCCAGCAGUGUCCCACCCCCCACCUCUUUUCCCAGGCUCUGGGCUCUUGAUAAUGCUGCUCUGGGUCGUCCCCCCACAACCCUGAGGCAGCUGAGGGAGGGGUCCCACUCCCCCUCCCCCCUAUUUAUUCUAUACUGUGUAUAAACCCAACAGCCCAGUGCUGAAUAAAGGAUGGAAGA